AGAUUUGAAUUGUUUUGAGAUUGGAUAUGGAACUUUUUGUUGGAAAGCCACUUCUCGGUCCUGAUGGAGAGGAAUGCGAUGCACAGGCUGCUCUGGAGGGCAAGGUCAUCGCUUUGUACUUCUCGGCGAUGUGGUGCCCUUCUUGUCGUCAGUUUACGCCAAAACUAUCAAGAUUUUACAAAGAGCUCAAGGAAGCUGGUAAGAAUCUGGAGAUUAUUUUAGUAUCGAGAGAUCGCGAAGAUGAAGACCUGAAGGAGUAUCUCACUGAACACUGCGGCGGUUGGUUGGGCCUUCCAUUCGGAGAUGAACGAAUACCGGAAUUCCUUGCCAAAUAUGAAGUGCCUACAAUUCCUGCGUUGAGGGUACUGAAACCGGACGGUUCUGUGCUUGUUGAUGACGCUCGCAAUCAAGUACAGGAGAAGGGACGAGAAGAUCCGGUGAAACUUUUCGAAGAAUGGGAAAAGCUGCUCUCACAAUAGUCAACGGAUUCCCUAUGUAAUUCUGCGAUGGUUGUGUCCGGAUCAUGAUUUCGCAUAUCCUGAGAUCUUAUUCACAUUGAUAUUCCUUGCAAUUAUCUAAACUAGUGCUUGCUAUGCUCUUGCCAAAAUUUCACAUCUUGUGUAGGUGAAAAUAUCAUGUGGUUAUGGUGCAUUUGAAGCGAAACUGAAUGAAUAAGCGAUUUGUAGGAUCGUUUCUGUCGCAAAUAAUGCUGCACUAAAUUAACAAUUCUCACAUUAUUUUAAUCUCAUGACUACAGCCUGCCGUUCAGUUUAGAUUGUUACAUAAAUUUUUAGUUCAACACACUGGUG